CCAGUCAGCCACUCCCACAGAGCCAGACCUGUAUAAAGGGCUUCUUGUGGUACAACAGCUCACCAGACACAGAGCAAGAACUCAGCAACACAUCAUCGAAGGUACAAGACAGCCCACUCGUUCAAGCAUCCAAAGCAUGAAUCUGGAGGUUGCCAAACCUGAAAAAAAGACUGGUGGAAAAGCUCCCCUCAGAGCGACUGCCCCUGGAUCCCCAAACAAGGGCCCCCCCAAGUUCAAACAGAGGAACACCCGUCAGUUCAAGAGCAAGCCUCCCAAGAGGGGAGUUAUCGGAUUUGGAGAGGAUAUCCCUGGAAUGGAGGGACUUGGCACUGAUUUUAACGUGAUCUGCCCAUGGGAGGCCUACAGCCAUCUAGAGCUUCAUGAGCUUGCUCAGUACGGCAUCAUCUGAUUCUGCACUGUGAAAUAACUUUUUUGUAAACAAAGGGAACUAAUGUGGCAAGUCAUUUUAUAAUCAGUCUAACAGUCCUCGCUUGCUCCUUUUGAAUGGCAAACCCCACACUUAAAGUGUAACCAAUCGUUGUGAGAUAUAUGUCUGCAUAUUUUGAAUGCUACUGUUUGUCUACGAUAUUUUGUACGGUGUAUCUAUUUUCAUAACUGUCAAGCUGCCAUUUCCAUGCCCAUAUACACUGAUGCUGAACGUGCUUUUGUGUUAUUGCCUGAGGCUGCAUGGGAGCUGGAACUGACAGCUUGCCCAUUGGCCAGCAGGAGAUUCUGCACAACUGUCAGCACUGUGUGAUUUUAUAUUCGAUCAAAGGUAGAAUAAAGCUUCGAACUUUAAAGAUGACUUAAAACUCUCUGUUUCUUUAAUUUUUGAUUGAAGAACAAAGUCCUACUACCCAAUUCAAUUUUUUCCAAUAGUUUUAACACUGCAUAUGU